UAAGUCGGUGGAAGGAGUCGCCAUCUCUGCUCUCCCUCUGAUUGUGGGGGGUUAAUGUGUGAAGGGGAUGGUUUGGGUGUCGGUCCCCGGAGGAGAGCUGGGCCCAGGGCUGGACACAGCGUAGAAUGAAAAGUUCCCAGUGUGUGCUGUGUGUUCUGCGGCCCAGUGGCUGUGUCUAAAGAGCAGGGAGCCAGGGGUGGGCACAGAGGAGGCCGAUCGACGCUAAGCGUUGUGGCAGGUGGUGGCAGCAGGUUGUCAAGAGUGCCGGGUGAGAGGGUGCAGGUGACAGAGCAAUCUCAACCAGGGGGGACGGAGGUGAAGCCGGGGCUGACGGGCCACCACAAAGCAGAGCAGCUGGAUGUCUUGGGAGGAGCCAGGGGCCACAGGGAAUGGGGAGAGAGGCCAGGCUGUGGGCUGUGGGAUACCCGAGUUCAAGUUCCAGAUAUGGAGCCGUUCCAAGAGGACAAGGCCAGGUUUUUCCAGGGCUGUGGUGUGGAGGCUGACAAUGGUGAGGGAGAAGACGACGAGGGGAGAGAGGGUCCUCGGCAGGGCUGGCUUCCAGGCAGGGCGCAGGAGGGGGCCCCAGCCGUCACUGCUAGAGGACUUCAUAGGCUGGAACCGGGGUUCUGGGGCUCUCGGGGGUGUGAAUGAGAAGGGGGAAUGUGAGGCCUCAUGGGAAAAGAAAGGACAACAGAAACAAGAGACCUGGAACUAACUGGUCUUCUGGGUCGAAGGGGAACUGGGAAUGGGGGUCAGGGGCUUCGGGAAGCCGUGGGGUCAGCAGCAGACCCCACAGUCCUCAGGGGCAGCGUCAAGAGCCCUUCUUUGCUCACAAGGUCUCCCACCACCCCCCCAUCUCGGCGUGCCAUGCGGAGUCUGAGAACUUCGUCUUCUGGCAAGACAUGAAGUGGAAGAACAAGUUCUGGGGCAAAUCCUUAGAGAUUGUGCCUGUGGGGACAGUCAACGUCAGCCUGCCCAGGUUCGGGGACCACUUUGAGUGGAACAAGGUGACGUCCUGCAUUCACAACAUCCUGAGUGGCCAGCGCUGGAUCGAGCACUAUGGGGAGGUGCUCAUCCGGAACACACAGGACAGCUCCUGCCACUGCAAGAUCACCUUCUGCAAGGCCAAGUACUGGAGCUCCAACAUCCACGAGGUGCAGGGUGCCGUGUUCAGCCGGAGUGGCCGCGUCCUCCACCGACUCUCUGGGAAGUGGCACGAAGGGCUCUACCGGGGGACCCUGCCGGGCGGUCAGUGCAUCUGGAAACCCAACUCAAUGCCCCCAGACCAUGAGCGAAACUUCGGCUUCACUCAGUUUGCCUUGGAGCUGAAUGAGCUGACGGCAGAGCUGAAACGGUCUCUGCCUUCCACGGACACGCGGCUCCGGCCAGACCAGAGGUACCUGGAGGAGGGGAACAUACAGGCUGCUGAGGCCCAGAAGAGAAGGAUCGAGCAGCUUCAGCGGGACAGGCGCAGAGUGAUGGAGGAGAACAACAUCGUCCACCAGGCUCGCUUCUUCAGGCGGCAGACAGACAGCAGUGGGAAGGAGUGGUGGGUGACUAACAACACGUACUGGAGGCUUCGGGCCGAGCCAGGCUAUGGGAACCUGGACGGGGCUGUGCUCUGGUAGCCCCGGCCCUCGGGGGCAGGAGGCUCGGAUUCUUCCUUCCUGCCUCUGCCCCCCCACGGACACAUGGGUGAGGCCAGGCUCCCCCGCUCACUGCCCUGGAGACCAAAGGGGCAGCUCUGGCUCCGUCCCCUCUGCCGGCCAGAGGGGCUGCCUCUCAGCCCAUUGCCCACCCCCUGUUUGGGGUGGGAAGCAGGAUCUGUGCUUCCCCAGUCUCGUUUCCCUGGACAACCAGCAUGUAAGCCCCUUCUCGCUCCGUCAUUUCCCCUUCUGUCCCCCUUGGGGUACUUGGGGGAGACUCGAGGCUCUCCAGGAUCUGUUCCCCGUUUAGUGCCUUCCUAGGACACAGGGGACCCCUUGAUGCUCCCCAGGCUUCCUAUGCCCAGGGCUCUGGCCCCAGCUGUGCAGUUGGAGUGAGUGAAGGAGAAGAGAUGGCGUUUUCUUCCACCCCUUGUCCCUCCCAUGCCCCUCUCCAGCAUCUUCUGCCCCAUGCUCUGGCCCGGCGGGGCUCCCUUUGCUUGGUCCUUGGCAAUCUCUCCCAUCUUCCUGGAUCCCCUUCUCCCAAACUGCUAAAUGCCUGCGGCUUCCAGCUCCUUUGGCCUUUUCCUCGAGCGGUUUCCUUCCGUCGCAGCUCAGCAGGUCCCCCCAGAGUGGAAGAGGCCUGUCCCGGAGGCAGGGAGCCAACGGAGCAGGCAGGGCGCCUGGCCUCAGACCCCCUGGGAGUGAGUGAGCACGCGUGAGUGUGAGUUUGUGUAGGAGUAUGUGCGUGUGUGUGUGUGCCCAUGUACUGCUUGCAGGCGAGCAGGGUCCCCCACGUAGCCCAGACGGCCCGUGCCGCGUGUCCGCCGCCGUUGCGGCUCAUUUCCGCACGGUCUGCCUCUGGGGAAGGUGAAUCGCAGUGACAUUCCAAGCUCCAAUAAAGACUGUCCCAAAUUUUG